AUGCCCGCAGUCUUUGAAUGGACGGACAUUAGGCAGAUUUCAGGGAUAACGGAAGAAUCCAUCAGAACAAUAGGAAGUCUCUACAUCGAGUUAGCUAAUACACGCCACGAAUUCCAUCUUGUCGAUAACUCCUUCCCUAUCAUCGAAGACGGUAUACUGAGUGCAGACUUUUUACGUUCGGAAAAGGCGACUAUCUGUUUCAAAAACAACUACCUUAUCUCUCGCGAAACCGGCGUUAUUCCCUUUAACAAUCAUAGAACCAAAACAAAAACACCACCGCGUAUCCUCAUAACAUCUGUCACACAAACACCGAAGGUUCGAAUAACCACCGGUGAACUCACACGACAACCCAGCACAUUUAUAGUUGACACCGGUGCUGAUGUAAACAUAAUUAAACUCGGAGCAAUACAUCCGCAUGUUCCGUGUAAAUUACUCGAAGAUCAGAUCCACGUUACCAGUGCUAUACAUGAGCCAAUAAAAGUAGUAGGAACAACUAGCAUUCGAAUCGAAAAAAUAAUACCGAACAAUACUAGCAAACCAUUCAAACUCCUAAACGAAGACUACAUAUUGAUACCACCACGAACGGCCCAGGUGAUUGCACUAAAAAUUUCGAAUCCCUCUGUAAAAACGGGAUUCAUAGAACAGUUGGAAGUAGGCGCUAACAUAUUCCUGGGACAGGCCCUGGUUACCAACCAACAAGGGUUUGCUUACGUUUAUGCAAUAAAUUCCAACGAAUCAGCUGUGGAAAUAAGAAGACCAGUCGUAACACUAGAAGAAGUCGAUGAACUCGCGAGCACCGCCACGCUCAGUGAAAAAACACACCUAACGCAUACAAUUAAUCUUGCUAUCGAAUUCAACCAUUUAUUUUUCCUUCCGGGUGACACCCUGGGACAUACAAACUUAAUCAGCCAUACGAUCCCUACUACCAAUGACGCACCAAUUCAUACCAAACAAUACAGACACCCAAGAGUACACAAAGACGAAAUACAAAAACAAGUGACCAAACUCCUUGAUCAGAACAUUAUCACACAUUCUUCAUCUCCUUACAAUUCUCCGGUCUGGAUCAUCCCCAAGAAAUCAGAUGCUAGCGGCGAAAAGAAGUGGCGAAUGGUCAUUGACUUCCGGAAACUAAAUGAAAAAACCAUUGGCGACGCUUACCCGCUACCAAAUAUCGUCGAUAUCCUAGAUCAGCUAGGUUCCGCAAAAUAUUUCUCAACGUUCGACCUGGCUUCUGGGUUCCACCAAAUUCCAAUGGAUCCCGAUCACAGCGCAAAGACCGCUUUUUCGACUCCUCACGGCCAUUUCGAAUAUACUAGAAUGCCAUUUGGCUUAAAAAAUGCCCCAUCCACCUUUCAACGUCUAAUGGAUCAGGUUCUAUCGGGAUUACAGGGUACAGAUAUGUUUGUCUAUUUGGAUGAUAUAGUCAUUUACUCCCGAUCCUUGGAGGAACACGAAACCAAAUUUCGGAAACUCAUGAAGAGAUUGUCUGAUGCAGGACUAACCCUGCAGCCAGAUAAAUGUGAAUUUCUGCGUAAAGAAGUAGCAUACCUAGGUCACGUCAUCACUCAAAAUGGAUUGAAACCUAAUCCGGAGAAGAUAUCAGCAAUAAAAAACUACCCAGUUCCCAAGAAUCCUAAACAGAUCAAACAAUUUUUAGGCUUGAUAGGCUACUACCGAAGAUUCAUUCCUAACCUUUCAAAAAUUGCUAGACCUAUUAAUAAUUUGCUAAAGAAGAAUAGCCCUUUCCUAUGGACAGCAGAACAUCAAUUUGCGUUCGAAACACUACGCGAUAGUCUGUGUCGAGAACCGAUACUGCAGUAUCCAGACUUCGAAAAACCCUUCGUCCUAACAACCCACGCUUCAAAGUAUGCAAUAGGAGCAAUACUUAGUCAAGACAAAGAUGGCGAGGAUUUACCAAUCGCGUAUGCAUCUAGGGUGUUACAAAAGGCCGAAAUCAAUUACUCGGUGUCCGAAAAAGAAUUCUUAGCAGUCGUUUACGCCGUCAAACAUUUUCGUCCUUAUCUUUACGGUAGAACCUUUACUCUGGUAACAGACCACGAACCACUAAAGUGGAUCAAAAACGUACGGGACCCGACUUCUCGUUUAAUGCACUGGAGACUGAAGUUGGAAGAAUAUUCGUACGUCACAAAACAUAAAAAAGGAAUAGCGAACUCUAACGCAGACGCGCUUUCCAGAAAUCCACCUGUCGACUCUUUCCGAAUUCUACCUAUUACCUCAAAACGGCCACGACCCGAUACAGAAUGCUCAUCUACUGACGCCCACAAGCGCGCCAAAGUAGCUCACCAACACCCAACGCGUGCUCGCGAACCAGAUACGCUGUCUUCGUCUACCAGCGCUCACAAACGCACCAAAAUAGCUCACCAACACCCAACACGUGCUCGCGAACCGGAUACGCUAUCUUCAUCUACCGGCGCUCACAAGCGAAUGAAACAUGUAGACCAGCACCCAAUACGAGCGCAUGAAUCUGCACAUGAAUCCACCAACCCUUCCCCACGAAGACGAAACAAAGCAUUACAAGACACUUCGACUUCUACUGGUACCUCUGACUCAAAUGCCAGUAUGACUGACAAUAGCAGCGCAACGGAGGCACCGAUCGUAGUCGAUAAAACGAUCAAGCAAACUACGGAACGAAUUCAACCACUCACCUCAUCUGAAUCAAACCAAAACUCCGGUAAGCCCCAAGGUCGUAGUGUUAAAAUACGUGAAGAACAGUCCGACACACUGAAUAAGCCGACACCCGAAGCCACUACCAGUAAAGGACGAAAUUACGCCCCUCGAUUCACGGAAUUCGUAACAGAUCUUAACCACCUACCAUUAACGCACAGUAAAUUUAUUCAAGAGAUACGCGCCAAUCUCCUCGACAGACAAGAUAACCUAGCCCACUGCAUCUCGGCAGACUGCAAGACAUCACGAGGAGUCGCGGGACAACUAAUCAAUAGGAAAAUAAUCACCCGAGAUCAACUACAACAACUAGACCCUGAAGUAACGACCGUAUUGACACUGCCACAUGGUAACCGCCUCAUUUACAAUCUAGUAACCAAAAAAUACCACUACCAAAAACCAACUGAAGAGACACUGUUCAACACCCUAGUAAAUCUAAAGAAUUGCUUAGAACAAGACAAAGUCAAAUCGCUUUCGAUUCCAAGACUAGGCUGCGGCUUAGAUAAGUUAGACUGGAACCUUGUUAAUCGGAUGAUCCAUUACAUAUUUAAAGACUCCGACAUAACGAUCACCAUUUGUAAUUAUCAAAACCCGACUUAUGACUCGACAUCUUCUGAAUCUGAAGCAGACGCAUCAACACCCAGAAUCCCUGCUCCCCCUUUAACUCGUCGGCCGAUGCGUCGGACCGGCACUAGGUCAGCUCCAAGACAUGCCCCGGUUUCUACUCCCUCGCGCUACCCAACUGAUAUCUCGGAGAGUGACUUCGUGACACAUGAUCCGGAGUCAGCUGUUGAAGACACGGAUAGCGAUGCCUCCGUUGUACCUACGGCAACGCUACCACCUUUAGGCUCACAACGUCGCGACAAUCCCGAAGAGCGAAAACCGGACCGCCCCCAUAUUGACAAUGACAACUUUUGUCAAACUCUGUAUCUCGAUAUACCAAGAAAAAUAUGGUAUUACUUAGUACCCAGCUAA